UUAACCCGGAAGUUUAAGUAAAUACUGCAUGGGAAAGACUCGUGCUGCAUGUGAAGUUUUGCAGCAGGCAAAUCAGUUUUUCGGGAUGAGGUUGUAGAGUUAAUCCUGCCACAAUGUCAUCGAAAAAGAAAAAUAAGGGAAAAUCCGGAAGACCGAAUGAAGUUGAGAACAGCAACAGUAACAUUGACUGUUCCUUUGACUCUUCCCCACUCGCCCAUGGAGAUCGACCAAGUACUUCCAAUGAUGCAUUCACAGUAAUUGACUUUAUUGAUAAAGCCGACGAUAAGGUUCCGAAGAGGUGCAGGAGAUUUCUUGCCCAGUUGAGUCUGAACUCCAUGAAGGCUGCAGAUAUUUGCAUCGGACGACCCAUCCUGCUCUCUAGUCCUGCAGGCCAGCAGGAGGUGUGCUUGGCCUGGCCCGUGGCUGCUUUUCCAGGAGGGCGAGUGGGCCUACAGGGUGAAACUCAGCGCAGCCUGAGGGUGAAGUCGGGGGAUAGGAUCAUGGUUCGGCUGCUGACAGGACCUGUGCUGCAAGUGGAGGAACUGCACUUGUCCCUCAGAGAGAAGGAUGACACACUCAACAUGGAAGAGUUCACUGAUUUUAUUAUCCGAUCUCUGGAUGGAAAAGUGGUUCUCCCUGGGAAUGUCCUCUUCCUGACCUUUUACGGGCGUCCCUGCACACUGAGGGUGGAGGGGUUGAAGGGGGUGGACGGGGUGAACCUGGAGAGGCGGGACCCCCCCGCUAAUGAGGCGGAACCGGAGCCGUUGGAUGUGUCUGCCCUGGACACCACGCCCGUGGACCUGUCCCUCUCCCUGUGGCUUGGUGCACUCGACAUUGAUGAUAAAGAGCCCCUCCCUGCAGCCAGCACCCCCUGCAGACCCUGCAGCCCUGCCCCUGUGCCUGCCCUCCCUCCUCAACCCCACCCCCACCUGCCCGCCGAGCAACCAGAUCCUGGUUGCCUGGGCUACCUGAGCACUGGGGGUGAAAAGCAGAUAGCUGACUCCGAGCAGGCUCUUACAGCACCCCCUGGUGGCGCCUCGAGCAAUGGCACAUUCUACAGCGUUUGCUCUCGGACCAAGGUCACAAUGGUGGAGAAGGGGGGCAAGGAAAGAGGGGGAGAGGAGGUGGGCGGGGAAUCCAGGGUCACGUACGCCAUGAUAGGUGGCCUCAGCGCCCAGCUGGGGGCAAUCCGGGAGACCAUUGAACUGCCCCUUAAGCACCCCGAAAUCUUCAGGAGCUAUGGAAUUCCACCCCCCAGGGGAGUCCUCCUGUAUGGCCCUCCUGGGACAGGGAAGACCAUGAUUGGCCGAGCUAUAGCCAAUGAGGUUGGAGCUCACAUGAUUGUGAUCAACGGCCCUGAGAUCAUGAGCAAGUUUUACGGAGAGACGGAGGCCCGGCUGAGGCAGAUUUUUGCAGAAGCGGCUCAAAGGCAGCCAGCGGUAAUCUUCAUCGACGAGCUGGAUGCGCUAUGUCCAAAACGGGAGGGGGCGCAGAACGAGGUGGAGAAGCGUGUGGUUGCCUCCCUCCUCACCCUCAUGGACGGGAUUGGCUCAGAGGGCCACAGUGGGCAGCUGAUAGUGCUGGGGGCCACCAACCGGCCCCAUGCCCUGGACCCCGCCCUGCGGCGGCCUGGCCGCUUUGACAAGGAGCUGGAGGUGGGCGUUCCCAGUGCAGAGGGCCGAGCCGACAUCCUACGCAAGCAGCUGAGCGCCAUGCCCUGUGAGGUGACCCCAGAACAGCUGAUGGCACUCGCCGACGCCGCGCACGGCUAUGUGGGUGCGGACCUGGCCGCCAUCUGCAAGGAGGCAGGGCUCCAUGCGCUGAGGAGGGUGCUAUCCAGAGACCCCGCUCUCUCGGACCAGCAGGCCAUGGGUACGGUAACGGUCACCUUGCAGGACCUCCAGCGGGCCAUGUCAGAGGUUAAACCCAGCGCCAUGCGGGAGGUGGCUGUGGACGUCCCCAAGGUGCAUUGGAGUGACGUGGGUGGUAUGGAGGAGGUGAAGCUGAAGCUGAAGCAAGCUGUGGAGUGGCCUCUGAGGCACCCCGAAUCCUUUACCCGAAUGGGGAUCCAGCCCCCUAAAGGGGUGCUGCUGUAUGGCCCCCCCGGCUGCUCCAAAACCAUGAUCGCCAAAGCCUUAGCCAACGAGAGCGGACUCAACUUCCUCUCUGUCAAGGGUCCGGAACUACUGAGCAAAUAUGUGGGGGAGUCUGAGAGGGCUGUCAGAGAGGUUUUUCGGAAGGCGAGAGCUGUGUCCCCCUCCAUUGUGUUCUUCGAUGAGAUCGACGGACUGGCCAUCGAAAGAGGAAGCAGUGCGGGAUCAGGUGGGGCCAGUGUAGCGGACCGUGUUCUGGCGCAGUUGCUAACGGAGAUGGAUGGGGUGGAGCAACUGCAUGACGUCACAGUACUGGCCGCCACCAACCGGCCCGACAUGAUUGACAAGGCCCUUAUGCGGCCCGGUCGGCUGGACCGUAUCGUGUAUGUGCCUCUGCCAGACGACGCCACCAGGCGGGAGAUCCUGGCCCUCCAGUUCCGCAACAUGCCCGUGGCCCCCGACGUGAGCCUGGACGAACUGGUGAGCAGGACAGAGAAGUACUCCGGAGCAGAGAUAACCGCUGUGUGCAGGGAGGCUGCCCUCUUGGCCCUGCAGGAGGACAUUGGAGCCCAAAGCAUCAUGAGAAGGCACUUUGAGGGCGCCCUGAAGUUGGUGCAGCCCAGGAUUCCCGAAUCCCUAAUUCAGUCCUACAUCAGCUUCCAGCAGAAAAGUGGUCUGCACAUUCUCUGAGGCGGCCUGGUGGAGCUUGUCCAUGGCUGAGAGUAGGGCUUCAGAACUGGAACCAGUAGAACACGCGUCACCUCACGUGCACACUCUUCCUCUGGGUACAGAGUCCCCUGAUCCCAAGGGCGCAGAGCUGGCCGGAAGCGGCGGCGCGGAGACGGGUCUGACGACCUCACUGUUUUCGCCUGGUAUUUGCAUUGCUACCAGGAAAUCGCACAGCCGAACACAGAAGUCUGCGUUUUCAUUCAGACCACACAGGAAAAUGCAUUUGCAGGAAAAACAUGUACUAUUGAAGAAAACUGAAUAAAUAUCAUAUAGUUGUUUGUUUUCUUUGAA